AUGGUUUUGCCCGACAAUGAGGAUGGCAGCAGUGGUUUUACGGGCGAGCACUCAGAGAAGAGUGGUACCCGUAUCAACGGCCGAAUCCGAAGCGCUCUCUGGUCUCUUUUGCCUUCGUUUGUCUCGAGACCAAUUCGCCGCAGAUACGACUGUAGCUACAACGAAGACUACGAUGGCACAGACGGCGCCAUCCCCCAUCCGAACUCGACAUCUUACCUCAAUGGCCUCCGUGGCAUCGCAUCCCUCAUAGUCGCCACACAACACAACAUCCAAGAAUACUUUACUUUGAUACACAGAGGAUGGGGCGACCAGCCCAGUGACAAACACAUCAUCCAACUCCCUUUUGUCCGCCUCAUAAUUCACGGAAGCUUCUCGGUCGCCCUAUUCUUCGUCAUCAGCGGCUUCGCGCUGUCGUACGGACCCUUGAAGAAGAUCCAUCGUCGAACGAGAACCGAGGCAGUUGACGCACUUUCGUCGAGCAUUUUACGCCGGCCCUUCAGGCUCUUCCUGCCCAUCGUGCCCGUGCUGCUCUUCUCCAACAUCGUUUUGAUAAGAUGGUUCGGCGCCUUCUACCAGCUCGGCUCGAUGAACAUACUACCGCCGCAGGCAUCUUUCUGGGCCGAGCUACAGCACAUUUGGGCUGAGUUUCGCCAGACCGUCGUGUCGCGCAAUUCGCCAGCCACCAUGCCUCAGAUCUGGACCCUCAGUGUCGAAUACCAGGGCUCUCUUCUCGUCUUCCUCUGCUGCCAAGCCUUGGCGCCCGUAGCAACGGUGCAGAGGUUCCUUAUUAUGGCUGCCCUCUUUUGGUGGCAAUGGAGUCUCGGCCAUUGGGCGCUCGGGCUCUUCCUGGCGGGCAUGAUAAUCGCGGACCUACGAGAACUAAGGCCGAAGCUCCCUACCCUAGGCAAGCGCACCAAGUAUGUCGCAGGCGCUGCGAACUGGUUCAUGCUAUUUAUGUCUCUUUUCCUUGGCGGAUGGCCACUCCAGGGCAAUGGUGGGGUCACGCUGGGUUUCAGUUACUUCAACUGGGUGCCUACAGGAAAUAUACCGCAGCAGUGGUUCUGGUAUAGUGUCUCGGCCAUCAUGUUAGUCGUGUCUCUAGAGAACAUGCCAGGAGGGAAGCUCCAGUCGUGGCUGAAUGCCCAAUGGGUACUCUACCUAGGCGAGAUCAGUUACGGACUCUAUCUCGUUCACUGGAUGGUAUGGAUGAAUCGGUUAACCAAGGGGAAUAUUGUCUCGCUGAUGACUGCGCCGGGAUGGAUGAGCUUUUGGGCGAGCUGGUCAAACUUUGUUGCCUGGCUGGUUGGAUUCAUGAUGGCUUUACCGUUCUGCAUCUGGAUCGCGGACCUGCACUGGAGAUUCGUAGACAAGUCGUCCGUAAGAAUGGCCAAGUGGUUAAGCGAUGCAUUAGCAUCAAAGGGUAGGGAGAUUACCAGUGCCGCCAGGAUUUAA